GAUCUGCCUCGUGCACAUCGUAUUCUGCAUCAAAUAUCUGUCAAAGCAUUUACUACCAUUAAUUCUUUCUGUUUUCGCUGUGCGUUGGUUUCGUAUUUCCUUUUGCUACUUUUAUUAUUUUCCUUUCCCGAUCGAUCUGCCCGUCAAGCGUCAAUUCCGUGCUCAACAUAAAAGAAAAAGAAAAACAUCAUGGCGAAGCGUAGCACAUCGUCACCUAACGGCGCUAACUCUCUCCAGCCUCGUACAAAGUCAUACGAGUGGGGCGGGCCGGUGGGGAGUCUUUUUAUGGUGGCUUUCUUGCCAGCCCUCGUCGUGGCUCUCAACUGCCUGUGCGCCGGCGAGGAGUGCAGCGUGAUGCGUGCGUGGCGUCUUCCCCUGCUCAUGCAGGAGGUGGUGCAGGCCGCCCUUCCGCAGGUCCCGACAGCCAUCGGCCUCGAACUCGCCUGGCUGGCCGCCCACGCCAUUUUCUCUAUCUUGCCCAUUGGCAAGCUGGUUCACGGUGGGGAGCUGCGCAACGGCCAGCGUCUCGCCUACCGCAUGAACGCGAUGCACGCCUUCGUGCUCUCGCACGCGCUGAUCUUCCUUCUGCACUACACCUCCACCAUUAACCUUGCGGUGCUGGCCGAUCUGUAUCAUCCCCUCAUGAUCGGCGCGAUUGUGAUUUCCUUCGCCAUGUCGGUGGUGCUCUACGUGGCCUCGUACCGCAGCCGCGACGUUCUGACCGCACUCGGCGGCAACAGCGGCAACACGCUGUACGAUUUCUGGGUCGGCCGCGAGCUGAACCCGCGCACCGGCCCGCUGGACUGGAAGCUGAUGUGUGAACUGCGCCCUGGCUUGAUUGGGUGGAGUAUUUUGAACUGGGCCUUCGUGGUGAAGUCGAUGGAGAUCGGCACCGUGACGCCGAGCAUCGUUCUGAUUGCCCUUUUCGAGUCGUUUUAUGUGCUGGACGGUCUGGUGCUGGAGGCGGGCAACCUGACCAUGAUGGACAUCGUCACGGACGGCUUUGGAUUUAUGCUGUGCUUUGGCGACCUCGCCUGGGUGCCCUUCACCUACACCCUGCAGACAAAGUACCUGGUUCACCACCCGGCUCGCCUCACUCCUGUGCACCUCGGCCUGUGCUCCCUGCUCGCCCUGGCGGGGUACUCGAUAUUCCGUGGUGCCAACACGGAGAAGGACCGCUUCCGCACCAACCCGCAGGACCCGCGUGUGCGCCAUCUGAAGGUGAUGAAGACCUCCAAAGGCAAGUCCCUCAUCGUGUCGGGGUACUGGGGGAUGUGCCGACACCCGAACUACGUCGGCGACUGGCUCAUGGCGGUGGGCUGGGCCUCCUUCAGCGGUACGGCGGCGGUGCUGCCGUACUUCCAUCCGAUUUACUUCGGCAUAUUGCUCAUGCACCGGCAGCUGCGGGAUGAGCAGCAGAUGACGGAGAAGUACGGCGAGGAGGAUUGGAAGGCGUUUUGCAAGGCCGUGCCGUACCGUCUGUUUCCAUACAUUUACUAA